AUGUCUUGGCCCUGGAUACCGAGAAACGACCUCGGUGACGAGCAACUCCGCAACCUUCAGGAAGGGUUUGAACGUUACAAGCCCAGAACAACAGUGACGCUCUGCCCUCGAGAGCCAGGUAUAUCAUACGGCCUUCCAGAGUACGGACCAGGAAUCCGCCCCGAGUCCAACGAGUGGCGCCUCCCAAAUUUCAACCCAACGAUCGACCAGCCGGAUCACGAAGCGCAAGUCGAGAUCAUCGAAUGCUUGAAGGGUGGUAUCGAGGGCCGUGCCCUGGUGCCAUCUAUCAGGCAUGAUACUCACCAUCCUCCCACUCGCGGACUAAGGGUUGUGCUCAAAGUGUUCGACUCAGCAUUCUUCCCUCAGCAACUGGGAAUCUUUCUGCGCGAGCACGCACCAAGCGACCUUCCCAGUCAGCUCCUGAGCCGGGAGGCUAAUGCUUACGAGUAUUUCUACAACCAAGGCAUGACAGGCAAUCCUCAUAUGACACGUCGAUGGAGAUGUGCUGGCGCUGUGCUAAUCGAGCACAUUCAAGGUCAAUCGCUUGAGAAGAUAUGCAAAAGACACGAGAGUGGAGCCCUGAUCCCCGACCAGGCAAUGCUUCCCUUCCCCGAUUCUGCGAGUGAUCAGGGAGGAGGACUCCAGUUGAAGAAUUUGCCAUCCCGACUGAAUAUUUUCAAGCAGAUCGUUCAUGGCGGCGUUUGCUUCAAGCACGUCGGCGCUGACCUCACAAGUUUCGACGGUUUUAUACCACGCAAUAUGUUCCUCACCUUCGACAACGAUAGCCAGCUGGCCCUAGAAAACGUCCGCCCCGUUCUUCUUGACUACAGUCGCUGUGUCAUAUGGUCUCAGAGCCGUCAAGGCACGCACGGACGGCUCGACGAAGUGUACCCAGACGCCCCGCCCAUUCCCAGCAGAUACGUCCUAGACAAGAGCCCAAUGCAGCGACUUCCGAGGCCUCCGCACCCUCUGAUCAUCUACAAUCAUGUCAGCUGGCUGCAGGACUUCGAAGGUUGGUGUCCCGUCGACUGGAUGGAGAGAGAGUCGGACAAGUUCGAAGUCUGGGUCAAGAGCGAGUUUGGGGAGCCCGAGCAGCAGCGGACCUACUCGACUGUGAAGAUGCUCGAAGAAAAGAUGCAGGAAGUGUGGAACGUCGAUCAAGAGAGGUACGAGAUGGAGAAACCAUCCCUCAUCGCACGGGGAAGGAUUGCGUUAUUCAUCCAACUCCCCAGGAGAAGCGCCAGGCCGAAGCAGACGCCGAGCACAAAGCACACGUCAUGCAUUCUAGAAGAAUCAGAGAACUCUUUCGGGAAUGGGGAUGGCCUAUUCCGAGUCAUCUGGAUGCAAAAUGCAAAGAUCCACCGGCUCCUGAGAUGGGCUCCUAGGAGGAGCCAGCUCAGGGAGCUAAGGCACGUCCGCAAAAGAGUUAUGGCGGUCUGCGGCACCAAGGGCGGAAAAGUUGAGAAAUUCUCAAGAAUAUUUGCUCAGCGGUUUCCAUUAGGAGAGGCUUUUUCUGCCGCUGGCGGACCAAGCAAGGAAGGCGAGGACGCUAAACAUGACUGCGUAGUGGCAGAUACUCGGGCUUCUCCUCGGAAGAAGACCCAGAGAGUGUCAUUGUUCGGAAAAGCUUUGCAGAUUUUGGGGGAAAGCCGGUCAUGGCGAGAGGAUUGA